UAUAUUACAUAGUUGCCUACUCUCCCGCAUUCCGCGGGAGACUCCCGGUUGGACGCAAAGUCUCCCGCUGCCCCAGGAAGCUACAUAAAUCUCCCGGAUUCCCCACUGCCCAGGAACUAAUUUUGUGACAUCAGAACACAAGGGGCGGCCACCGCGGAGUUAUGGGUAGUGGUAGCCGGAAGCUAUACCCCGGCUCCCGCACUGUGCCUGUACCAGCUCCUCGAUCUCCUCCCCGCAUGUGUGCAGCAGCAACAGCGAGAGGAGGCUAGCUGGAUCAGACACCCCCAGCAGCCGCUCAUCGGAGUGAUUGUACUGCGGCUGGGGUGACAGUGGGGGCAGCGCAGGGGGAUCUGGCACAACAGCAAAGAGCCCAGCUGUGAUGAGGGAGUCAGCAAGACGCACAGAAACCCGGCCAGAGAGAAGGGAGAAGCGAUGUCUUGGUGUUGACGCCUUGGCAGGCCCCAAUUAUCUGGAAUGGCACCUACGACAUAGACAUCCUGAAUGCUCAGUUCCACCAGAGAGGUGUCCGCAUUGGCCUGACUGUGUUUGCUAUUAAAAAAUAUGUUCAAUUUCUUCAAAAUUUUCUAGAAUCAUCUGAGAAGUUCUUCAUGGUGGGACACCCGGUAAAUUACUAUGUACUCACCGAUCAGCCCAAUGACAUACCCAACAUUACACUUGGUGAGAGGAGACAACUGAUUGUACUGGUAGCCCCUGCUUACAAGAGAUGGCAAGACAUCACCAUGAGGCGCAUGCAGAUUAUUCGAGAUAACACUCGCGAACGCUUCAUCCAUGAAGUGGACUAUCUGGUGUGUGCCGACGUGGACAUGAAGUUCACCGACCACGUUGGAGUUGAGAUCUUAACCGAUGUGUUUGGAACUAUUCAUCCUGGUUUCUUUAGGUCAUCACGCAAAGAUUUUACCAAUGAACGGCGGCCAGCGUCUGCCGGCUAUGUUCCCUAUGAUGAGGGGGAUUUUUACUACACAGGCUGCUAUUUUGGGGGCACAAUAGAGGGCAUCUACAAGUUGACUAACCACUGCCACCACGCCAUGCUGGCAGACAAGGAAAAAUAUAUUGAAGCCCUUUGGCAUGAUGAGAGCUAUUUAAAUAGAUAUUUCCUUUAUCACAAACCAACUAAAGUCCUCUCUCCAGAAUAUGCAUGGAACUACUAUUAUGGAAACCCAGCUGUUGUGCAGAAAAAGAGAUUUAUUGUUGUUCCAAAAGAUUAUGCAAAGGUUCGUGACAAGCAGAGACACCUAGACAAGUGAGGGCAAAACUUUCAUCUGUCCACUCUCUCCACCAAAAUUACCCACACAAAGUUCAACAAUGAUCUCCUAUGAUUGGCUUAGUGGUAUGCACAGUGUGAAUAGGUGCAUGCUGUGCAAGUAAAAAUUAGAGAUGAGCGGGUCUGGUUCUCCGAAAACCGGACCCGCCCAAACAUUGCGAUCUGAGCCGAGAUCUGAGUCCGGCUCAGGUUUUCCCGCCAGACUCCGAUCCCAAAUCAAGGCAUAAUGUCAUCCUCCCGCUGUCCAUUUCUCGCAGGUUCUGGAUUUAUAUAUAGUUCAUCUGGAAAGUAUUCAGAGCGUUUCACUUUUUCCUCAUUUUGUUAUGUUACAGCUUUAUUCCAAAAUGGAAUAAAUUAUUUUUUUCCCCUCAAAAUUCUACACAUAAUACCCCAUAAUGACAGUGUGAAAAAAGUUUUUGGGAGAUUUUUGCAAAUUUAUUAAAAAUAAAAAACUAAGAAAUCACAUGUACAUAAGUAUUCACAGCCUUUGCUCAAUACUUUGUUGAUGCACCUUUGGCAGCAAUUACAGCCUCAAGUAUUUUUGAAUAAAAUGCCACAAGCUUGGCACACCUAUCUUUGGGCAGUUUCGCCCAUUCCUCUUUGCAGCACCUCUCAAGCUCCAUCAGGCUGGAUGGGAAGCAUCGGUGCACAGCCAUUUUCAGAUCUUUCCAAAGAUGUUCAAUCGGAUUCAAAUCUGGGCUCUGGCUGGGCCACUCAAGGAUAUUCACAUAGAUGUCCUGAAGCCACUCAUUUGAUAUCUUGGCUGUGUGCUUAGAGUCGUUGUCCUGGUGAAAGAUGAACCGCCGCCCCAGUCUUAGGUUAAGAGCGCUCUGGAAUAGGUUUUCAUACCGGAUGUCUCUGUACAUUGCUGCAUUCAUCUUUCCCUCUAUCCUGACUAGUCUCCUAGUUCCUGCCACUGAAAAACAUCCCAAUAGCAUGAUGCUGCCACCACCAUGCUUGACUGUAGGGAUGGUAUUGGCCUGGUAAUGAGUGGUGCCUGGUUUCCUCCAAAUAUGACACCUGGUAUUCACGCCAUAGAGUAAAAUCUUUGUCUCAUCAGACCAGAGAAUUUUGUUUCUCAUGGUCUGAGAGUCCUUCAGAUGCAUUUUGGCAAACUCCAGGUGGGCUGCCAUGUGCUUUUUACUAAGGAGUGGCUUCCGUCUACCCACUCUACCAUAGAGACCUGAUUGGUAGAUUGCUGCAGAGAUGGUUGUGCUUUUGGAAGGUUCUCCUCUCUCCACAGAGGAAUGCUGUAGCUCUGACAGAGUGACCAUCGGGUUCUUGGUCACCUCCCUGACUAGGGCCCUUCUCCCCUGAUUGCUCAGUUUAGACGGCCGACCAGCUCUAGAAAGAGUCCUGGUGGUUCCAAACUUUUUCUAUUUACGGAUGAUGGAGGCCACUGUACUCAUUCGGACUUUCAAAGCAGCAGAUAUUUUUCUGUACCCUUCCCCAGAUUUGUGCCUGUCUCGGAGGUCUACAGACAAGUUGACUUCAUGCUUGGUUUGUGCUUAGACAUACACUGUCAAGUGUGGGACCUUAUAUAGACAAGUGUGUGCCUUUCCAAAUUAUGUACAAUCAACUGAAUUUACCACAGGUGGACUCCAAUUAAGCUGUAGGAACAUCAACAUCAGCUCAAUUUUGUGCUUCAUGGCAAAGGCUGUGAAUACUUAUAUA